UGUUUAGUCGCUGCAAAGAAUUAAUACUUUAAAAAGCGAAUUGUUUAAUUCUAUGAUCGUUAUUGUGGCAGCUAUCGGGGCAAACGAGAUACCGUUUCGUGUUAAAGGAAUUACUAAUAGUAGUAAUAGGCCUAUAAGAAUACCAAAAACGAAUCAGUGUUUAAUUCUGUUGAUAUUGUGGAGGUUAACGGGUUAAAAGAGACAGUCACAUUCUGUUUUAAAAUAGGUUAUCAAACCUGCUGUAGGACGUACCACAAUGGCGGCGCAUUUAAGAGGGAAAGCUGUCUAUGUCGCUUCAGCAGUUCCUGGAUUAUUUACACAAAUACAAAAACUGCUGCCGAAUGAAUCCAUAAUUCAAGUUGAUCCAGAAUUACACGAAGAUAAUAUUUUAACUAACGAGUUAAAACUUCAGAUUAAAGAUGCCGACGUUUUAGUGGCUGGUCCACGUCUUAUUGCUGAAUUGAUGUAUGUUUCUGAUCUUAAGUUAAAACUGGUUGUCUGUACAACGGCAGGUGUGAAUAUGAUGAUAAAUAAACUCGAUAAUAGCAAAGGACACCCAACAUUUACCUUAAUAAGAACAGGCGAGGGAUAUGGUCGGAUUAUAGGAGAAUAUGUUAUUGGUCAUAUAAUUGCUACAGAACGUCGAUUUAAAGAAACUUACAGCAAACAGAAGGGACAUGUGUGGGCAAAGAAUAGUUUAAAAUCAUUUCGACUACUGACUAGUGUAAAUAUUGGUAUUCUAGGAUUAGGACAAAUAGGAAAGGAAGUUGCUAGAAUGUGUAAAUGUAUGGGGAUGACGGUAACGGGUAUAAAAAGACAAGAUUCUACGUCACCACCAUGUCAGAAUGUAGAUAAUUACGGGUUGCUAGAGAAUCUAGCGGAUGUUUUACCUCAACUUGAUUAUUUAUGUAGUAUUUUACCAAGUACACCUCAGACUAGAAAUUUAUUAUCAGGAGAUAUCCUUUCUCACUGUAAAACUAAGAAACCAGUAUUUAUAAAUAUAGGACGUGGUGAUGUUAUAGAUGAAGAAAGUCUCGUGAAAGCUAUUAAAUGUGAAUGGAUAGGAGGAGCUAUAUUAGAUGUGUUUAAUAAAGAACCACUUCCUACUACCAGUGAAUUAUGGGAUUUAUCUAAUGUUACUAUUACACCUCAUGUUGCUGGUGCGUCACUUGCAGAACAGGUUGCUGAAUGUUUUGUAGAUAAUUAUAACAGAUAUAUAAAGGGCGAACAAUUAAAAUAUCAAGUUGAUUGGAUAAAAGGCUAUUGAAAUAAAA